UACUUAAAACAGAUAAUGAAAAGAACUAUACCGGCCUCCGCCACCGAGCGCAGGAGCUCGGACCCGAGGCCGCCGCCGCCGGGCCCCCCGCCCCGCUCCGCGCCGCCCGCCCCUGCCGCGCCCCGCGCUCUGGCAGCUGCCGCGCCCGCGCCCGGGAAGGCCAAGCUCACGCACCGGGGGAAGGCGAUCCAGGCAGGCGGCCUGGCGGGCUGCGUCGAAAUCUGCAUCACCUUCCCCACCGAGUACGUGAAGACGCAGCUGCAGCUGGACGAGCGCUCGCACCCGCCACGCCACCGGGGCAUAGGGGACUGCGUACGGCAGACGGUCCGCAGCCAUGGCGUCCUGGGCCUGUACCGCGGCCUCAGCUCCUUGCUCUACGGCUCUAUCCCUAAGGCGGCUGUCAGGUUUGGGACGUUCGAGUUUCUCAGCAACCACAUGCGAGACGCCCAGGGACGGCUGGACAGCACGCGUGGACUGCUAUGCGGUCUGGGCGCCGGCGUGGCCGAGGCCGCGGUGGUCGUGUGCCCCAUGGAGACCAUAAAGGUGAAGUUCAUCCAUGACCAGACCUCCGCCAGCCCCAAAUACAGAGGCUUCUUUCACGGGGUCAGGGAGAUCGUACGGGAGCAAGGGCUGAAGGGCACGUACCAGGGCCUCAAGGCCACCGUUCCGAAGCAAGGGUCCAACCAGGCCAUCCGCUUCUUCGUCUUGACUUCCCUGCACAGCUGGUACCGAAGGAGCAAUCACAAGCCCAUGAAUCCGCUGAUCACCGGUGUGUUUGGAGCAAUCGCGGGCGCAGCCUGUGUCUUCGGGAACACGCCUCUGGACGUGAUCAAGACCCGGAUGCAGGGCCUGGAGGCACACAAGUACCGAAACACAUGGGACUGCGGCCUGCAGAUCCUGAGGAACGAGGGGCUUAAGGCAUUUCUGAAGAGCACUGUCCCCCGCCUGGGCCGAGUCUGCCUGUAUGUGGCCAUCAUGUUCGUCAUUUAUGAGGAGGUGGUGAAGCUGCUUAACAAGGUAUGGAAGACAGACUGAGCACCGGAGUCCAGGGGCUGCGCCAGCCCCUCCAGACUGGCUCCCACCACCCCUUCUCACAAUUCCAGUGCUGUUGUGCCAAAAGGCCCCUCCCCCAUCCCUCACUCCAUGGCCUGGGUCUGACUCUGCGGCCGUGAGUUCACGUAUCGCAUAGUGCCAUGAGUCCCCUGUGGUCUGUAUGACACCACAUUGUGUCCAUGUGUCCAGCUGAGGCUAGGUGUCCCUCUGGCCUGUGAAUCUGUGCCCACUUGUCCACGUGCUUACUCAUGUG